UUUUUGGCCAGUUAUCACUCUCAGUAAUGAGUGGAAUGGCCUCUUACGUCGAACUGAGAUGCCGACCGCAGCCAUCUGUUAUUUGUUUUGAGGAGGAUGCGAGACACCUCUGGGGACUCUUUUCCGUGGCGGAAGCUGCAGUCUAUCGUUGACAGAUCACAACGGGGGGAGGUGCUGUACGUUCAAGAUGGCGGCGCCCUGUAGGCUGGAGGAACUGUGAGGUAAACAGCUGAGGGGGAGGAGACUGUGGAGUUUUGCUCGUGUGUUUUGGAUUUGGGAGGGGGCGCGGUCCUCCUAACUAAUAACAGCAUCUAACGUUUAUGGAGUGCUGUCUGUGUGCCAGACAUGGUGGAAGUGCUUUGCAGUGAUCAUCUCCUUUAGUCUUCAGGACAAAGGGAAGAGCAGCCACUGUUAAUACCUCCAUUCCUCAGAUGAAAAAACUGAGACACCCGGAGAGAUUAGGGCAACUUGCCCAAUGUGACCCUGCUAGGAGUACCUGAGCCAGGACUGGAAUCCAUGUCUGAUUCCAAAGACUAUGCUCCUGUCUUUAUUGACACCCCCAUAACUCUCAUUUAUCUGUUAUUUGAUAGUUGUUCUGUCAUUCUAAUUGAUUAGAAUCAAUCAGUUGGCCAGGGUUUGUGCAUACUUGUGUAUGUGUUCAAUUUUGAAGGGAGGUGUUAGCUUUUGUUUGGGAUGGCAAUGUUGUGCAUGUAAAUUUGCUAGUCUAAAUUAGGCUGGAAGGUGUUUGAUAUUUUUAUAAAACUGAUAAGCUCACUGCAAAAAGGAGUCCUGCUAAAAUGUUUGCUAGGCUUUUUUUAUAGAAAACUUAGAAAUAGCAUUUCACUUUACAUACAGUAAGAUGUAAAAGUACUAAAAUAGAAUAAUACUCUUCUGAGAUACUUUUUGAUUUAUAGUUUUGGGAUCAACUUGGAGUCAUGUGAAUUCAAACAUGCUGGCAAAGUGGAGCUGUAAAUUUCAAGAAGCAUUAUAAAACCUAAUCUGCUGGGAACCCUUGAUUUACAGAGCAACCACCUGUGAUUCUUAAGUUGAACAUUCCUGAGUAAGCCUGGAAUAUGCAAAUGUGAAAGCUGAUUUAGGGUUUUGCAGGGAAAUGUACCUUUAACAGUCAUGUAUCAGGCGAACGAGGCUCGAGGCUCCUCGGAAACACUGAAACAUUCUUUGCUAUUGCCUUGGGGAGCUGCAGAAUCUCCUUUAACCACCUGGUAUAAACUUAAGGAAUAUUUAUAGAAGAUGUAAAUGGAAAAUAUCCUCUUACCAAAGUUAAUAUCUUAUUCAGAAUACUCUUACUUCGAGUGCCUUGAAGGGCAGAUGAUGUCAGCUUUCUUUGCUUCCUGCAUCUCCUGGUGCCAUAAAGCCUUGGUAUGUUCCUAAACUCCUAGUAAGAAAGAAGGUGGCGUCCAGCUUCUUACUUGUUUUUAUUAAAUUGAAAUGUCUCAAAUCCUGUGACUCAGUUGUACUCUUUUUCGCUGAAUUAAGACCAGAGGUGUCAGAUGCGGCUGCUGUUGUGGAUGUAAUGCGAUGCACUCUGUGCAUGCGUGCUUUCAUUUGUGAGAUGAAACUGAAUAGUCUUACUGGGGCAAAACAAAUGUAUACUUGUUUAUGCAGUAUUUAUGAAUAAUGACAUUGCCAGAGACAGGGGAUAUCAAACUGUAGCGUUCAUCAGAACCCCUGUGCCCAGAUGCUCGACCCCAUAGCAGGUAGACCUAAAGAUUCGGUCUUUGUAUAUACUGUAUUUUGGAAGGAGCCCUUGGUGAUUCUGAUGUGCACCAGAGAUUGAGGACUACUGGCUUAAAAUACCGAUUUGGCUUUUUUUUUUCUUUAAUUUUAAUUUAUAGUUUAUUGCAGGGGCAUUCCUUAAAAUAGCUUCUAACCUCUGAGUAAUAGUGAAUUUUCAGCUCUGAAUUAGAGCCGACUUGAUCUUACAGCUCUGUCUUCUUUAGAAGUUAGAGUACAGGUAUGUUCUUUUCCAGGUUCCAGGGCCAUAGUGAAUUUUCAGCUCUGAAUUAGAGCCGACUUGAUCUUACAGCUCUGUCUUCUUUAGAAGUUAGAGUACAGGUGUGUUCUUUUCCAGGUUCCAGGGCCAUAGUGGACUAAAAUUAGCUUCUCCUAAAAUUAUUGGAUAUUCUUGGAUGCAGAUGAGCCAAGUACAGCAAUAGAUAGAUAGAUUGCCGUUGUGAACUCCGACUCAUGCCGACGUCAGGUACAACCGAAUGAAAAGUCAUCAUCAUGAUCGCCGGCAUGUUCGAGUCCAUCGUUGUUGCUGUUUUGCCAAUCCAUCUCACUGAGGAUCCCUCUCGCCCUUGCUGGCCCUCUACUUCACCAAACAUGAUGUCCUCUUCCAGCAAUUGAUCCCUCCUGAUGAUGUCUCCAAAGCAAGCGAGUCAGUGUUCUGUUGUGAUCCAUAAGGUUUUCAUUGACUAAUUUUCAGAAAUAGAUCACCAGGCCUUUCUUCCUAGUCUGUCUUAGUCUGGAUGCUCCUCUGAAACCUCUCUACCGUGGGUGGACAUCACGAAGUGGGACGAUCUGAGAAUUUUUCCCUUACAUCAUCAGUGGUAUAGCAGCCAUCUUUCUAUAAACACCUGAAGAAUGAAACUCAUUGAGUGACCAUGAAAGACACCAGGUUGACAGCACUGGAAACUGAAAUAUCAAUUGUCCCCAGAGCAGCUCUUCACUUGUCAUGAGUGAAAAAGUGACCUUCCUUCCUCAUCCUUGGUGCCGUUUGCCUUUGGAAAAUGAUAUGAAAACUCCACCUGUGUUGAAUUCCCUCCAAAAUCAGUGUCUCAUGUGCUCUGUGCUCUGGGGCUGCCUGCACUUGGAGGACCACAUCUGACAAUAUUGCCUUAUUGAAUGCACAAAAGACAAACUCAAAGUCUCACUAGACUGAGACUAGUCUUGUAGUGGCACCAAUGAAGAGUCUUUGGAGUCUUUAACGCAUGUACUGGAACUGGCAUAGGCCCCUGUAUACGAGAUAAUGACCCAACAAACGAGUAUCGGGGAGCUCCUCUCCAUGCUGGACUCCUCUAAGCUGGGUGUGCUAGAUGACAUAACAACGGUCUUUAAAGAGAACCUCAAUUCCGACCGAGGUCCUAUGCUUGUAAACACCUUGGUGGAUUAUUACCUGGAAACCAAUUCUCAGCCAGCAUUGCACAUCCUGACUACGUUGCAAGAGCCACAUGAUAAGCACCUCUUAGACAAGAUUAACGAACACGUGGGCAAAGCCACCACUCGUUUAUCCACCCUCUCUCUCCUGGGGCAUGUGAUACGACUACAGCCAUCGUGGAAGCACAAGCUCUCUCAAGCACCUCUUUUGCCUUCUUUACUAAAAUGUCUCAAGACUGACACCGAUGUAGUAGUCCUCACAACGGGAGUUUUAGUGUUGAUAACCAUGCUACCAAUGAUUCCACAGUCCGGGAAACAGCACCUUCAUGACUUCUUUGAUAUUUUUGGCCGUCUUUCAUCCUGGUGCCUGAAGAAACCAGGCCAUGUGACAGAAAUCUAUCUUGUCCAUCUCCAUGCCAGUGUUUAUGCUCUCUUUCAUCGCCUUUAUGGAAUGUACCCUUGCAACUUUGUCUCCUUUCUACGUUCUCACUACAGUAUGAAGGAAAACUUGGAGACUUUUGAAGAAGUGAUCAAGCCAAUGAUGGAGCAUGUGCGAAUUCAUCCGGAAUUAGUGACUGGAUCCAAGGACCAUGAACUGGACCCUCGAAGGUGGAAGAGAUUAGAAACUCACGAUGUUGUAAUAGAGUGUGCCAAAAUCUCUCUGGACCCUACAGAAGCCUCAUAUGAAGAUGGCUAUUCUGUGUCUCACCAAAUCUCAGCACGCUUUCCUCAUCGUUCAGCUGAUGUCACCACCAGCCCUUAUGUUGACACACAGAAUAGCUAUGGGAGUGCUACUUCGACCCCUUACUCCACUUCCCGGCUGACGUUAAAUACGCCAGGGCAGCUACCUCAGACUCUGAGUUCCCUAUCAACACGGCUGUUAACUGAGCCGCCACAAGCUACUUUUUGGAGCCCAUCUAUGGUUUGUGGUAUGACCACUCCUCCAACUUCUCCUGGAAACGUCCCACCUGAGUUGUUACACCCUUACAGUAAAGUCUUUGGUACAACUGCAGGCGGAAAAGGAACCCCUCUGGGAACCCCAGCCACCUCUCCUCCUCCAGCCCCACUCUGCCAUUCGGAUGACUAUGUGCAGGCCGCAGCCACACCCUCCAAAAGGGAAGAGAGAACAGAUUCUGCAAGACUGUGUCUACACAGAGAGAACCAUCAUCCUAAUGACAGAGGAUUAGAAGAGACACCUGGCAGCAAAGGUUCUGUCACUCUCAGUGAUCUUCCAGGGUUUUUAGGUGAUCUGGCCUCUGAAGAAGAUAGUAUUGAAAAAGAUAAAGAAGAAGCUGCAAUAUCUAAAGAACUUUCUGAGAUCACUACAACGGAUGCUGAGCCUGUGGUUCCCCGAGGCGGGUUUGACUCUCCUUUCUACCAAGACAGUCUCCCAGGUUCUCAGCGGAAGAUCCAUUCAGCAGCCUCUGGUGCGCCAAGCGUUAAUGUGAACCCUGAGCCUUUAAACUCCUCCCUGGACAAGCUUGGGCCUGACACACCAAAGCAAACCUUUACUCCCAUAGACCUGCCCUGUGGAGGUGCCGAUGAAAGUCCUGUUGGGACCAGGGAACGCCAGACUUCUUUGGAGACGAGUAUCCUCACUCCCAGCCCUUGUAAAAUUCCACCUCAGAGGGGAGUGGGGUUUGGAAGUGGGCAGCCUCCCCCAUAUGAUCAUCUUUUUGAGGUGGCAUUGCCAAAGACUGCCUAUCAUUUUGUCAGCAAGAAGACCGAGGAACUAUUAAAAAAGGCAAAAGGAAACACAGAGGAAGAUUAUGUGCCCUCUACCUCCCCAAUGGAAGUACUGGAUAGACUGAUACAGCAGGGAGCAGAUGCACACACCAAGGAGCUUAACAAGUUGUCUUUACCCAGCAAGUCUGUCGACUGGACCCACUUUGGAGGCUCUCCUCCCUCAGAUGAGAUCCACACCCUCCGUAACCAGCUGCUUUUACUGCACAACCAGUUACUCUACGAGCGUUUUAAGAGGCAGCAGCAUGCUCUCCGGAACAGGCGGCUCCUCCGUAAGGUGAUCCGUGCGGCAGCUCUGGAGGAACACAACGCUGCUAUGAAAGAUCAGUUGAAGUUACAAGAGAAGGACAUCCAGAUAUGGAAGGUUAGUCUGCAAAAAGAACAAGCCAGAUACAGUCAGCUUCAGGAGCAGCGUGACACUGUGGUAGCCCAGCUCCAUAGCCAGAUCAGACAACUGCAACAUGACCGAGAAGAAUUCUACAACCAGAGCCAGGAAUUACAGACAAAGCUGGAAGACUGCAGGAACAUUAUUGUGGAGCUGCGGACAGAAUUAAAGAAAGCCAACAACAAGGUGUGUCACACCGAGCUGCUGCUCAGUCAGGUUUCUCAAAAGCUCUCAAAUAGUGAGUCGGUCCAACAACAGAUGGAAUUCUUGAACAGGCAGCUGUUAGUUCUUGGGGAGGUCAACGAGCUGUACUUGGAACAGCUGCAGAACAAGCAUGCAGACACCACAAAGGAAGUAGAAAUGCUGAAAGCUGCUUAUCGGAAAGAACUAGAAAAAAACAGAAGUCACCUUCUCCAGCAGACUCAGAGGCUUGAUACUUCUCAGAAACGGAUUUUGGAACUGGAAUCUCAUCUGGCCAAGAAAGACCACCUUCUUUUGGAACAGAAGAAAUACUUAGAGGAUGUCAAACUCCAGGCAAGAGAACAGCUGAAGGCUGCAGAGAGUAGGUAUGAGGCUCAGAAAAGGAUUACCCAAGCAUUUGAAUUGGAGAUCUUAGAUUUAUAUGGCAGGUUGGAGAAAGAUGGCCUCCUCAAAAAACUUGAAGAAGAAAAAACAGAAGCAGCUGAAGCAGCAGAAGAAAGGCUUGACUGUUGUAAUGAUGGCUGUUCAGAUUCAGUAGUAGGGCACAAUGAAGAGACAUAUGGCCACAACGGUGAGACCAAGCUCCCCAGACCUGGCAGCACCCGGGGCAGUAAUGGAAGUAGAGGAGGUGGAGGAAGCAGCAGCAGCAGCAGUGAGAUUUCUACUCCAGAGAAACCCCCAAACCAGAGGGCAGGCCCAUUCAGCAUUCGGUGGGAAACUGCCAUGGGAGAGCCCUCUACCAGCAUCCCUAUGACUGUUGGCUCACUUCCCAGUUCAAAAAGCUUCCUGGGCAUGAAGGCUCGAGAGUUAUUUCGUAAUAAGAGUGAGAGCCAGUGUGAUGAGGACGGCAUGACCAUCAGUAGCCUUUCUGAGUCUCUAAAGACAGAACUGGGCAAAGACUCAGGCGUGGAAUCCAAGACUCCUCUGAACCUAGAUGGCCCGCACCCAUCUCCCCCAAACCUGGACAGUGUUGGACAGCUUCACAUCAUGGACUAUAAUGAGACUCAUCAUGAAGACAGCUAAGGAUGAUGGUCAAUCAGUGUUAACUUUCAUAUGUUGGCAUAGAACAGGAGGUGUGAAUGCACGUUUCAAAGCUUUCCUAUUUCCAGGGUCUGAGUGGCUAGCUCAUGCGGUGGAAAUGGAAUGGGGGUCCUUUUGACAGUUGACUGAAUGCAGAAUGUUUUUUGGAUCUGGUGUUGAAAUGCCUCCUAACCUUUCCCUUGUCCCACUCCCAGACCUCUCUUUUAUACCUAGCAGUGUACUAAUCCAAGGGCCAGUUUGUGUUCUCAGUAGCUUUUAUUUCUUCCUUUUCCCCCAAAUGGAUGUGUCCUUUGAACCCGUGCAAUACGAGGGCAAAUUUAGUCUUUGAGCCUAACACACCAUGCUCUGCUUUCCUGAGGCUCAGAUAACUUGGCUGGCUCUUGGUUAGACCAGGUAGUUGGUGGCGUUGCAGGUAAGUCUGGUUUUGUUCCUUUCCUGGAGGUAGUUUGCAAAGCUGAUGGUCUUCCCCUGAAAGCUUUAACAUGAGACCUUUCCACUGCUUUUUGGUUUUGAAGUUCAGCAUCUAAAGCAGCAGAUGUAGAAAAACAAUGAUUUACCCUUACGUUCUUUUGGCAGUUUGAUAAGCUUUCUAGAAAGCUCUGUGUGAACAGAUGUCUGCUGUUUCACAAAUCUAGAGCUGGCACUGUGGAGACCAUAUUUCUUACCCUUUGAGAAAGCUCUGUUCUCCUUGUCCCCACUACCUCUUUAUUUAUUUGGUGUUUGCUUGAAAGCUGGUACUAUUCUGACCACAGGCUGGCAGUGUAAGUGGGUGAAACCUGUUCUCUGCAGGAGGGAAGGAGUGGUAACUGAAAAGUUAACCCUGGAAGCGCUGUGUAAGAGUAACUGCAUCUCCAAGAAGGUCUUAUACUAGCUGAGCCUUCUGGCUAAACUCCUCUGUUCCCUUCCCUUCUGUUCAUACUCGCCUCUUGUUUACGUCCGCUUCUUUGCUAACACUGCAGCAGAAAGGCUUGGAAGUUCCAAAGAGUUUCCUCAACGUUUUACAUGACCAUUGUUUCUCAGGCUGUUAAGUUGCCUCACUAUAGUAGGUUCUCAGCCACCAAAGGAAACCCCGGUGGCAUAAUGGUUAAGAGCUAUGGCUGCUAACCAAAAGGUCAGCAGUUCGAUUCCACCAGGCACUUCUUGGAAACCCUAAGGGGCAGUUUUACUCUGUGCUAUAGGGUUGCUAUGAGUCAGAAUCUACUCGACGGCAACGGGUUUAAGCCACCAAAAAGAUAACAGCUUUUACACACCAAUUCAAACUUUCAGGGGCCUACUAUCCAGGGAGUUUAUUGCUGUUAAACUCCCAUAUGUUAGUAAUGGCAGAGCAUUUUAAAGGGAGGUCUGGGAGAAUGCUGACAAAGCCUGACUGCUGCAUGCCCACACACGCUCAGGAGAGGGGACACCAGUCAGAACACUGAUGGCAGAGAACCCAAAUCCAACAAAUGCUCCUGAAAUAAAUGCUAGAAGCCUAAGAAUUGUUGCCUGGUAUUCCAGCUGAGGCAAGGAGAGACUUGGUAGAAAAGAAACAGUGAACUGCGUUUUCCUUUUUCUAUUUUUUCAGUAAAAAGAAUAGAAGGGGUCAGCCAUGAAGAGGUCAAAGACGAAUUGUAAUGGUACGAAAUCUUACUGCAUACAGAUGCUUCCAGCAUGUGAGGGUAAAAGUCUUUUUUUUUUUAAUGUGGCAAUAAAUAUUCUAGGGUCCCUAACCAAAGGGAGCUGGACAACUAGGGACUCCAUAUCACCAUGGCUAUACUGGCAGACCUUCUUGGGACCUUUUUGGGUAUGACUGAGUGAUUCCCACCCUAAGGGAGGGAGUGCACCUGGCUUCUCUUAGCUUAGCACAGGGCCAGGAACUGCCACUAGAUGGCCCAACGUGAAGUAGUAAUGAUGCCACACAUUUAAUUCAACUUUUUCCAAAGGAAAGCUUAAAAUCCAAUAUGUGUAGCGUUCUAAUUCAGUUUUAGAAAAGAACACAAACAAAUUCAGAAAGAAAAAAUGUUACAGGAUAACUCUUGGAGCUGGCUUUAAAUGCUUUCUCCCUCCCCAAGCCCGGGAGACAUGUGCCACAGAACAAAGAUACUAGGCACUAAGUCAAACCUUUCCACUGACUAACUGGCAAAGGAAAGGAGACCAAUGUAAGAAAGAAAAAAAAAUGUUUUUGAAGUGGGCAGACUGUAAAGAUGUGGGGAAGAAAGGAGGCAGCACAGUAAGGUGGAAUAGAGGCUCGGCUAGAAGCCUGUCAGCAGGGCUCUGUGCUUGGAGACCUCGGCAUGUCUCUCCCACCUAGGUUUCUGUCUGCUCAGCUUUAAGACCUAGGUUAUCUCCACCUCAAGUUCCUUUGAGUUCUAGGAGUACAUGGGUUUUAUUCAACUGAGGUUGGGGGAUUUAGACCUGGAGUCAUAUUGAAGCUAAUCAACCUAAAAAUUAGGGCUUUAUAUGGUGAAGGACUCCAGAGUCAAUAGUAAGGUUUUGUUUUGAUUUGUCUUGAACGUGAUAAACCUGCCAAGAAUCAGUGGAUCACUUGAUCAUGCUACAGCAAGUAUUUUUAAGGAUGGAAAGGUGAGGUUAGAGGAACUUGUGAGAGACGGUGCAGGCCUGGGAAGAGGCAGGGCAGAGGUAUUAGAACAAUUUGUGCGGGUCCUGUCUUGAAUCUGAUUAAGCAGUGUGGUAUUCAUACAUGUUGGGAUUGGAUAGCCUGCACCCCAAAUUCACCAUGAACAGGCUUAACCAUCUUAGAGCUGUUUGGCCAAUGUACAUAACCUACUCUGAUUCCCACCUAACACUAACCAGGGUCAGCACAGACCCUGAGAAGAUUGGAGUCUGCUGCUUGUCCGGCAUGAGAUUUAUUGAAAAAGGAGCACUACAAUAUUAUUUUGGGAUUGGGGGUGGGAGUGGGAAGCGAGGGGGGAAUAGGAACAUGAUCGCAUAGUCUUCAUGGAGAAAAUGAGUUCUGAUUCAGUGACCAGUAGAUGAGCACAUGAAUCUCUAUCAGAUGUAACUUUUGUAGACUAUAAAAAAAGCUUCUGACAAUGUUCUGCCAUAAAGACUAAAAAAAAUGUUAUAAUGGGAUUAGAGAGAGAAUCUGGUCAUGGAUAAGAAAACUGACUUAAAACCAAAGGUAGGAGAUAGGUAUUUUUGGAUCAAGAGGUUUUAAAAGAUAAAUGCUAGAAACUAGCCUCACUAAAGCAGGUGGGUAUACUGUGACCUCUAUAGGUGUGUUGACAACAGUUUUUUAGGAGAGAAAACUACCUAACCUUUGGGAAUAAGCUGCAGAAGAUUCUUAUGCGGUUCUAUGAGUGGGAAAAGAAAUAAUAAGCUUCUUUGUGAGCCAGAGUAUAUGUGAUAUGUUAGGGGAAAAUAGUCCAAACUAUUCUUAAAAUGUUAGCUGUGUUACAAUCCAAGAAAAGGUCCUAGAAACCACUGACAAUUAGAAAAAAUUAGCCCACCAUGCCACUGUGGCCAGAGAGGCCACAAAACCCCUGACUCUGGGUCACCCCCAUUUGCAACACCACAUGCAGUUUUUGUUGAGAAAGACAAAACUCUAGCAAUUGUUCAUAGAAGGAGGAGUAGAACGAUGAUGGAGAUGAGAGGGAUCUCUGUGAGGUAUGCCACAGAGGUUCAGACUACUAGUUAAAAUUGGGUGUGUGUUUCUGUGUAGAGGAUAUAACUGAAAUGUGCUACAACUAGCCAAUGUGAAUUUUCACCAAAUACUAGAACAUACCACUUGAAGCCAGAAAGAAAUAACCGAAGAACAAAUGAAAGUACUACGUGAAGGUAUAAACAUUUUCUAACUGAAAGCACUAAGAGGUUGUGCGGGCUGACAGUGAAUAGGUUUAAGAACGGUUAGAGUGAAGGCUCAGUCCAGGAACUGCAGUAGAGGUGCGGUGCCUCCCACCUUCUGAGGAUACUCCCAGAGAGGCCAGCCCUCUCCUGGGGAGUGGUCCUGGGGAGCACGGGCCUGCCCAGGAGAGAGUGUUUACUUGGGGAAGAAAGCUGCCCUUUGUGGAAUGAUCCAAGUCAGCACACCUUACUCGGCUGCAUUUUUCCACUCUUUGAGGUACAUGCUUUAAAACUGACCUGCAGCAAGUAUUGAGAAAUGUCUGCAGUCUGAAGAUGUUUGUGUAGCUGUUUACAUCCAGAAUUCUGGGACACGUACUGCCCCGCCCCCCCCGCCCCCUGCCACUGUAAAGUAAUUGAUUGCACUAGAUUAAGCUUAUCUCUAUGGGUGAAAGAGCAGGGUUAGGUGGGGACUGGCCCCUAGGCUGCUGCUGUGACCUGUGACCCAAUGUGGCUCAUUUCCCUGUCCACCGACUCACUAUGUGCCCAAGGGGAGCGGAGUUUCCAUCUUUUCCACACUGACCUGCAGUCUGUACAUGCUAACCUGGAAAAAGAGUGGCUGUAGCUACAAGGGAAACCUGACUGGGAUAGUCGAGCGCCUAUGCCCAUGACUGCUUUUGGCCUUGAAACGAGUUAAUGAAGGCAGAGGAGCUUUCUUCCCCACAUCCCAGUGGAUCAUAGCUGAAUGCACUAUGCCAUAAACUCAUCCAUUCUCUGGGAUAAAUAGGUUGGUUUAACCAUUGGAACAGAUUGUUUAGAGGAGACCCCUGAGAGUUUUGACAACCCACAGACCAACCCCUCCCUCCCUUUCCCCAUCUUAUACAGUGUUUGGAUAGGAGGGUACGGUGCUGCUCUAUGUAGCAAAUACUUGGGCUUAUCAAAGAGGCAGCCAGGCAUUUUGCACUAGGAAGAAUCAGUGAUCACUUUUCAGAAGACUUUUAUGGACCACAAAUAUAUUACGGAGGAACAGAUUUUGCUAAGACAUAAUCUAGUUUUAUAGCUCAAUCAUGGAUCAACCAUAUGUAGCUAACUUGCAGUUUAAAGGGAUCCCAUCAAUGAAAAUAAAACAUUUUUAAAAAGUGACUGCUUUUAGUUAAAUUGAAGAAAGUCAUCUCUUGUCAAAAGGUUUAAACUUUCCCACCUUGAUCUUAAAAGCAUGUCAAACAAUCGACAUCAGAUGCCAUAAAUAUGAACUGCAAGGGAAAAUGGUACAAUCUUAGUGAAUGGGAAUUGGAAUCAAAAGGGUUUGCUGUCCUUCUUAGAAUGUUCUAAAAUGUCAAGGCAGUUGCUUGUGUUUAACUGUGAACAAAUAAAAAUUUAUUGUUUUGCACUA